UUUUCUGGCGGAACACCUUGAAUCAUCGCACCAGGUUUUACACAGUGGCCGGGAGUGAUGAGGUCUUACAAGUCAUAGCAGAUUGUCAAAAGCGGCAACCACGGCUCUUCCAACAACGCCCCUUCCCAACACAGAUUUUAUUCACGUGCUGAAUGAAGGCUGCCUGUUUGCUGGAAUUUCCAUCUACAAACCACUCGAGCUUGACCUUUAUGAUCGCAGACUCAAACAUUGCUCGUUGACUGAUUCAGGAUUCUGAAAUCACAUUCCUGUUGAUACCCACGGCAGGCACUUUCGUCACCAAAUGUUGAAACUACUCCAUGCAAUUGUCUUCGCCCUCCUGUGGGCCUCAUGUGCCCUUGCCCAAGACGAUGUCGAUCAAUGUGCGCUCGCCUGUAUUGCAAAUGUCAAUAACACCGACUGCAAUCAGAGUCAAUGGUCUUGCCUCUGCGCGGACGAUGCCUAUGUCGAACAGUUGAACAACUGCACCUACGCAUCAUGCAAUGCAUCUCAACAGCAAGACACCUUUUCUGUGGUUGCUGAAUUGUGCGCCGUCAUCGGUGUUCCCAUCACCAUUGAUCCCCAAGCUACCAUCCUGACAACAACAUCGAAUCCGAUUCUUAGCACACUAGGCAUCCCAACGCAGUCAAGCCUCCCUCCCAUAGUAUCCUCCCAGGAUCACUUCGACAGCACUGUGACCUCUGAAGCGAGCUCAACACCUACAGAUGCAGCGACCACUAGUACAAGCACAGGCGGAGGCGGUACGCCGCAGGGUUCCGUGGAGGCAGCAACUAGUAGUGCCAGUCACUCCUCUCCGGCGGGAACUUCCUCGUCGGGAGAUUCCAAUGGAUCCCAUAAAAGCUACUCAUCAUUAUUAGGAAGUUGGAUUUCGAUCCUGGGAGCAACUAUGACAUGGAUGAUGGCCAUGUAGAAGCACCACGACUCUAGUAUGACCCAUGUGAAGAGUUAUGCCAAGUCUUCAAGUCUCUCGAAGAGCCGGGAUAUGUUCAGCGAUGGGGUUGUGGAGUCCGGAAGCGAGAUCAGGACAAGCCGAGUCAUGGAGCUCGAUUGUGAAGCAAAUUGUACAGUUGUAAGGCGCAGGUUCGAGGCCUUGAUACACAUCUACUAUUGCAGCAACUCUUUAUUCUG